AUGAUGAAGGAUAAAUAAUAAUAGAGAUAAACAAAAAAAUAACACAAAAAACAGAGAGGAUAAGCUCGUUCCCUUAAAGGCUAUGCUAAACAUUUUUAAGAGUUUUAAGAUGAAAUGAAUCAAUUAGGACUUUAAAUAAGAGAUGUUGAAGGGGAUGGAAACUGCCUCUUUAGAUCAAUAGCAGAUGUAUUACAUGGAGAUGAAAGAUAUCAUAAAUAAUUAAGAAAAUUAGCUGUUUAAACCAUGUAGGAGAAUUAGGAAUUCUUUGGACUUUUCAUUGAAGAUGAUAUGACAUUCAACUAAUACUUGAAAGAGAUGUCUAAUGAUGGAGAAUGGGGAGGCAAUUUGGAAUUGCAAGCUCUAUCUUAGGCUCUGGAUGUGAACUUUUUUAUUCAUAUGAAAGGGAGACCCUGCAUGAUUAUUAAAUCAAUGACUGAUGAAAGACCUCUAAAUGAAAAAGACGCACUUCAUUUAGCCUAUCAUUUAAUUGAAAAUGUUGCUGAGCACUACAGUUCAGUUAGAAUGUUAGGAGAUGAUAGUAAUAAGAGAGCGGAACCAAUUCCAUUGGAUAUAUUUGAAGGAUUAUUGGAUACUUUUUAAUAAGCUCCUUUAGGACAUGAUGAUAACUUUGAGUAAUACGAGGACUUAGAAUAAUUUGAGGAUCCUGAAGAAAGAGAAUAUUUCUAGGCCUUAAGAGAGUAAGAAGAAGCUGAAAAAGCUGCAAAAGAGGCUUUGAGAAAAGCAGAACUUUAAAAAUAUUAAUUGAAAUAGAAGAAAAAUAAGAAAUGCAACUGUGGCUCAAAUAAAACAUAUAAAGACUGUUGUAUGAAUAUUGACUUAGAGAAAGCAGAGAAAUAGAAAUAACCAAAAUAAUAAUAGCAAUAAUAAUAACAAUAAUAAUAAUAAUAAUAAUAAUAACAAUAGCAAUAACAAUAACAAUAACAAUAACAAUAACAAUCUCAUUCAGAAGGACCUAUGAAAAAAUAAGCUGUUUUUAUAUGA